UAGCUGUGGCCCCGGUUUAGGACCCUGCUAUUCGUUUCCUGCUACAAGAGACUGGAGGUAGUACGGAGAGAGAUACCAGGAAGAUAAAACAACAUCGUAACCUCAACUGACUUUACUAUACCAUGAAACUUACUGCAAUUUUACCCUCUCCAGACUUCCACUACAUUACAGUAUUACUGGUAACGUGGCUCUAUACUCCUGUGAGAAGUGAAAUAACAACUCUUGAUAGCGGAAAUAUUGACGAAACCUUAAACAAUGCUGGUGUUGCUUUAGUGAAUUUUUAUGCGGACUGGUGCCGGUUCAGUCAGAUGCUGCACCCCGUCUUCGAGGAGGCCUCCAAUGUGGUGCGGGAGGAGUUCCCCGACCCCAAACAGGUCGUGUUCGCACGCGUCGACUGCGACCAGCACUCCGACAUCGCUCAGCGUUACAGGAUCAGCAAGUACCCCACGCUGAAGCUCUUCCGGAACGGCAUGAUGAUGAAGAGGGAGUACCGAGGUCAGAGGUCGGUGUCGGCCAUUGCGGACUUCAUCCGGCAGCAGAAGGUGGACCCCGUGAGGGAGCUGCAGAGCCUGGAGGAGAUCAAGGCCGUUGAUCGAAGUAAACGGACAAUCAUUGGCUACUUUGAGCUGAAGGACUCUGAUAACUACCGGACAUUUGAGAAGGUGGCAAAUAUUUUAAGGGACGACUGUGUCUUCCUGGCAGCUCAUGGAGACGUGUCAAAGCCAGAGAGGUUCAGCGGUGACAACGUGAUUUAUAAGCCUCCGGGGGAGAACAUCCCCGACAUGGUCUACCUGGGCUCCCUGACCAACUUCGAUCUGGCGUACGCCUGGGCCCAAGACAAAUGUGUUCCCCUGGUGCGCGAGAUCACCUUUGAGAACGGAGAGGAGCUAACAGAAGAGGGGAUCCCCUUCCUCAUCCUUUUCCACAUGAAGGACGACAACGAGAGCUUGGAGAAGUUCCAGCAGGAGGUGGCGAGGCAGCUCAUCAGCGAGAAAGGCUCCAUUAACUUCCUCCACGCAGACUGUGACAAGUUCAGACACCCACUGCUGCACAUUCAGAAAACCCCAGCUGACUGUCCAGUCAUUGCCAUCGACAGUUUCCGCCACAUGUACGUCUUCCCAGAAUUCAGCGACUUGACGGUUCCUAGUAAGCUCCGCCAGUUUGUUCUGGACCUGCACUCCGGGAAACUGCACCGAGAGUUCCACCACGGACCCGACCCCACAGACACCACCCCGGGGCAGGAGGAGAAGAAAGAAAUGCCCAGCAGCCCCCCAGAGAGCUCCUUCCAGAAGCUGGCACCCAGCGAGACCAGAUACACCAUCCUCAGGGACCGGGACGAGCUGUAGCAGCAGUCUGAGACGGCGGGCAGGACAGGCAACAGGCGAGUGCAGCCGGAACCAUCACGAGUCUCGUGGACGAGCAACCAGACCCAACGGCACCAGGAAUAACCUAUAUUUUCAUAACUCUUGCGUGUACAAUUUUUAUUUUGGAUAAAACGGAGAAAACAUUUCUCUCUUGGGGGUGGGGGGGAGGGUGGGACGGACAAAAAAUGUUUUUAUUUUUAUUUUUGGAGCUUGUAAAUAUGUCUGUGCUUAGUGGGUCUUUCUAUGCAGUAGCUAAGAAAAAAAGCAAUUUUGUUUUUUCCUUUGGGUUCGCCCUUAGACGUUUUCUACAACUCAUACGAGACUCUGCAGAUGGAUGAGUUGUCCUCGUUAAAUUAAAAAAUAUUGCCGUUUUAUUUAAAACCCAGUGCGAUUCUGAUCUUUGGGUGUCAGUUCCAGCUCUCCUGUCUGAAGUGAGUUAUUCAUUUUCAUAUGUCCAGGGUGAGAAUGUGGACAUCACGUGUGUAUAAGUCCUUCUGCAGAACUGCAGCUCUGCUCACUGCAGUUCAUUCCACAGGCGUGGGUGUGGGAGGGGAUGGGGGAGACAUUUCUUAAAAAAAAAAACAUGAGGGGAAAGGAAAUGCAAAAAAAUAAAACCUUUUACAAGA